AUGGUGUCCCUGCAUCCAAAAAGUAGAACCGUUGGUGCAGCUACCGCUUGCGAAUUUCGUGAAGCACAGGCUGACAAGCGCGUCAAGGUGUCGAUUGUGGCGACCGAGAUGGAGCACUGGAAUGACUUCAACUGGAUAGAAUGUCAAAGCGCGUUGGAGAACCAAUCCCGAAAAAAGAGGUGGUACUCGGGACCGGCUGUGGCCGGCCCUUACAGUCAAGCUUUGAUUACCACUCAAACUAUCCAAAAAGAAUUUCUCCUUGAACUUUGGCUCAAUGAGUCAAGUAUAGAAAUGUCAUCGAACUUACCACCGAAUGAAGAAACAGCGAACAAGGAAUCAACAUCUCGAUCUUCUCCCACUGCAAGCGCUAGUACCAAUACUAUCAGUCAACCACAAGAAGUAACGAUUCCUGACUUACUCAUUCAACAAUCUUCACUAGAAUCUGAAGCAGCAGAAGUACUUCCAUUCGAUUGUACACGGUGUACAAGAUCACUUGGACCAUUGAGACAAUCGAUUUAUUCAUGUUUAACUUGUAAUCCACCUCAAGAAACUCAAGAUUCCAAAACAAAUUCUCAAGCUGGAAUUUGUGCUUCAUGUUCACACACACGUCAACGGGACAAACUUAAUUGA